GUCAUGUAUGACAUUUGAGAGUAACUUGACAGAUGGCUAAAAUAAAAAAAUGUGAAAACUAGAUAAAAUCAGUGUAUAUUUUGUGGAUAAAAUAUAGUGCAACGGUCAAUGCAAUGAUGAAAAAAAAAUUUAAUGCCUCAGUGAAAUUACAUAUUAUAUUAUAAUAUUGCAUUUACCGCAUAUUUUUCCUUUAGGCUACGGUAGUUUUGGUGCUAGAUUUAAGAAAACUAGCCUCUCAAAGCUGUACGAUAUUUCAACGAAAACGAUAAAAUGCCAACUCCAAACAAUUUUAAUGCCUUUCUUGGGGCCGUUAUAAUAGGGGCAAUAAGUGCUGCUGGGAUGUAUUUGUUUGAACACUUUAGACAACAAAAAACAAAGCAUAAGAUGGCAAAAGAACUAGCUAGAUUGGAUCAAGAAGUCUCUCAAGUUAAGAGAGAAGUACAACAGUUAAUGGUUCAGAAAAAUGAAAAGUCUCUCAAACCAAAAAGAAGUAGGAAUGUGAGAAAGGCAAACUCUAUUUUGUCUACUACAACUACUGUUACAGAAGACUAUAAUAGUGCCGUUUCUAUAGACAGCUCAGAUUUGGAGUUCUAUGAUGUUAGUGAUGAAGAAUUAGAUGCACCCAAUGCUAACUCAACAAAUGGUUUUGCCAUAAACAAUUUGGAUAAUAUUUUGAAAGAAAUUGACACAGAGUUGGAUUCAUACUCUGUGACACAACUAGAGAAAUCAUUACAGAGAUUAGAAGAUUUGUCGUUUGAUUACCCUGAAAACACAGACAUUUUGUGGAGACUAGGUAAGGCACACCACAAGAUUUCUGAAAAUAGUGAUGAUAAGGAGUUUGUUCAAGAUCACAUUUCAAAAGGCAUUGAGAUCCUUAGCAAAGCCCUAAAUCUGAAAGAAGAUGACCCAGAUGUUCACAAAUGGUAUGCAAUUCUAGUAGGAUCCAGAAGUGAGUUUGUUAGCCUACAAGAAAGAAUUGAUGAUGGUCACAAAUUCAAAAAACAUGUAGAUGCAGCUAUUGCUUUAAGCCCAAAUGAUCCAUCUUUGCAUUAUAUGCUUGGCAGAUUUGACUUUGAGGUAGCUGGACUUAAGUGGUAUGAAAGGAAAGUGGCAGCAGCCCUAUUCUCGGAACCUCCAAAUGCAACAUAUGCAGACGCCUUAUUGCAUUUUAUGCAGGCAGAACAAUUGGCGAAUUUCGAAUUCAAAGAAAAUAAGUUGAUGAUUGCAAAGUGUAAAAUUGCAACUAGUGAUUAUAAGGAGGCUAUGGAGUGGUUGACACAAGCUAGUAAUUGCAAACAAGGUGAUGGUUUGGAUGACAAGAUAGAUUCCGAGGUGAAAGCUUUGUUAGGAAAAUACAAUAGCUAUAGAUAGUUUAAGUGACUGAAGAAACUGAACCGAACAAACUAUACGAGGGGCGGAUGACAUUUAAUAUUUGAUGUUAAACGAAGGGUAGCAUGCUGGCUAUGUGCAUGAGGAAAUGCAACGCCGAGGUCCACAGUCUGCGUAGCGGGGCGUACCGCGUGGUCAGGAAGUGCCAGGUCAGCAGUACCGACACAACUUGCAUUAUCCGGUACGACCAGUAGAGUUUUGACAUCUGUCGACGUGCUUUCGGAAGCGACGUUCUUUCUUCUUUGAAUAUAAACCUACAACAAGUGUAAAUCGAAUCAGAGUUCAGAGUGCAUAUAGUUACAUUCACAAGUCCCUAAACUUUCUUGGAUAGAAUCAUACCAUAGCAAUCGUAAGCAAAACGUAAAACUAUUAAUGGAAUACCUAUUUCAAAUGAGCUUAAUGUUAAAACAGGGUAGGGCCUCAGGGCAGUAUAUUAGGUCCCAAAUUGUUUGUAAUUUUUUUAAACGAUAUUGACACUGGUAUGUAAAAUCACGUAGUAUGUAGAUGGAACAGAUUUGCUUAUAAGUGCUACAGAUCCAAAGAUUGCAUAUUAUGAUAAGGGGGGAUAUGAUGUGGAAAAUGUACAAACCUAGUAACACUAAGACCUGUGCUAUGUUUUUCGAACAACGCAAUGUAGAGCAAAUUGCAAGUACAUUUAAAAAUUAUACAAAAUAUUACUAAAUCUAGAGCCAUAUUCAAUCACUAACUUUUUCAAGGAAGAUUUGAAUAUCAUGCUAAAGAGCAGGAUUUUAUUGUUACUUUUGUUUGGUUGAUGCUAUUUGUAUCACAAAUGGUUUACAGCUUUUGUAUAGCAUUUUGUAUUUGCAAAUAACGAUUACUGCUAUGAUUAUUAAUUUAAACUCACCUCCUAAUACCUAAAACGUAAUCUUCUAUAUAUUUGUUCCAAUCUAUUUUGGCAACAUCAAAACAAAAUACUUCUUUAUCCACUUCGUUCAACGUUGAGACUAGAUUCCUAACAUUUUCAUCAUUGAACUGCCACUGUUGCGUGGUGAAAUAUUCUAAACAACUAGCUGCUUUUGUUAAUUUGUUCUGGAUUUUAACCAUUCUGAAAUAAAAAAGAGAAAUAAUUACUUUAAGUACUUAACUACACAGAUUAAAAAAAAUGGUUCGGGUCGCAUAGACUUCAUCAAUGAUCAACAUAUUCUCCACGAAGUUGCCCAACACUAAUGUGUAUCUGGACGAUUACAUACAAUUUCCCACAGGAAGUUCACGGCGAAAUAUCUUUAAAUUGUUGAUUCUUUUGAUAUCAUCAGGGAGGCACAUGUAAAUUUUCAAACCAUUACGAAUAAUUAAGUAUUUCACAAGUGUUGAUUUAGAUUCUACUAAUUUAAGAUCCUGUUUUCGUCUAAUACCGUAACUUAUAUUUGAUGUCUGAAAUUUAGAUUUAUUUUUAUAAAUAAGAUAAGAAUAAGAUUUACUUAUAUAUUAUACUCUAG